UGUGUAGUGUUUCGCUUAUUUACUUACCCGCUGUUUUCUAGUCACAUGAUCUUGUCGUUCAAAAUGGUGGUCGAUACUUCCUACUUUCGGUUUUACCAACCAAAACAAUUUUCCACAUUAAAAACGACAAUGGUUCUACUACUGAUGCUGGCAAUUUCUGUAUCAUGCUUGAGUAUAGAAUCGUACGCAUUCUCCGAAGAUGUGUUAUACAAACAAUUUAUCAAUUUUGCCAUCUCACACAACAAGACUUAUUUUUUAAACCCAAAGAAUUCUUCGGAAUUAAUCUUUCGUUUUGAAACUUUCAAGGAGAAUGUUGCAAGAGCUAUUCAACUCAACAAAGCAUAUAUGAAUGACAGUUAUCUAGUCUAUGGUGUCAACAAGUUUUCUGACUUAACUCCAGAAGAGUUUACAAAAAUGUACCUAUCAGGAUUGAAGCAAAACAAGCAUCAGAAAGCGUGGCAAAAUACCACGUCGUUAUCUUUUCAUCACAAUGAAAGCCACCAAAAAUUGAAUUUACCCUCAAAGGUGGAUUGGAGGGACAAACAUGUUGUCAACCCUGUACUGGACCAGGAGACGUGCGGAGCUUGCUGGGCUUUCAGUACAGUAGAGACCAUUGAAAGUAUGUUUGCCAUACAGAACAGAUCCAUGCCUCCCCACCUAAGUGUACAGGAGCUUAUAGACUGUGAUUUCACCAACCAAGGAUGCUCUGGGGGGGACAUUACUAGCGCUUGUAUCUGGGCUUACAAUAAUGGAGUGGCCUAUGAAGAGGACUACCCUUUGAAAGACAAAACAGAAACCUGCAAACAACUUGAGCCAUCUGCUAAACGUGUCCACCUCAAGUCGUGUUCAUCUUACCACUAUGUCAACCAAGAAACGAAAAUCCUUGACCUCCUUGCGAAUCAUGGACCAGUGGCUGUGUCUGUAGACGCAACAACAUGGCACAACUACAUCGGGGGGAUCAUCCAGUUUCAUUGUUCACAGAAUAUCAACCACGCAGUCCAGAUUGUUGGGUAUGAUUUAACAGGUGAUGUCCCUUACUACAUCAUUCGAAACUCAUGGGGCUCUAACUUUGGUGAUAAAGGCUACGUUUAUGUUAAAUAUGGUGGGAAUGUGUGUGGUCUGGCCAGUGAAGUUUCUAGUCUUGAUGUAAAGACUUCUUGAGGAGCUGUGGGAUAUUGGGGUGGGUCUGAUACUAGGGGGGUGUAGGAUAGGGGUGUGGUCUGAUACUGGGGGGUUGAUAUGGGGUGUGUCUGUUAUAUGGGGGUGUGAUAUGAGGUGUGCUUGAUACUGGGGAACAAGAAAGGGGUGAUAUACUUAUCCAAGGUAAAUGUUUCAUAAAAAUGUAAAAGUGGGAUGCAUAUAGUUAUGUGAUUAAAGAAAAUGAUUUUGAUAUCUUUAUAUGUAUAAACAAUGCAUUAAAUUCUCCAAUGUAAAAGUGAUGCUGAAUUUUAUAAUUUUGGAUGACUGAUAAGACAGUCCCACUACAAAAUGACUGACAAGACAGUGAUGCUACAAAAUGACUGAUAAGACAGUGGUGCUACAAAAUGACUGACAAGACAGUGGUGCUACAAAAUGACUGCAGAAUAAUGAAGAUGUAGUUUUAACUGAUGUUACUUACUGCUGAUUUGUAAAUAUCAUAGCCUUGGCUUUUGUAAAAUUGAUUUUUAUGUUUGCUCAAUAUUAUUAAAAUGUGUUUCCUAUUCUGGUUUA